AUGAGCGCUCCGCCCAAGAGUGCGCUCGCCGUGCGUCGCGAGCGUGCGGCAGCCGCUGCACGCGCACAGGCUGCGGAACCAGCGCCUCCAGACGCAUGCGCCUCGACGGAGCAGGCACGCUUGGAUGCGAGUGCCGUCUCGAAGGAGAGCGCACGCGACGCGACGCCCCGCCCCGUGCGUGCCCGCACGCCGCGCGCGCCUCCCGCCGCCGAGGCGCCUUCGCCGGAGCAUGGGGCGCGUGCGGCAGCGCCCGCUGAGCUGCGGCCGAACGUACAGCCGCAGGCGCACACGGGCGCCGCUCCUGCGACGCUGGACACGGACGGCGCGCUGCUGUGUGGCCUGCAGCUCGGUGAGUCGGUCGUGGUGCGUGGGCUGUGCUACGUACAUGUGGUGCGGGGCUGCGCUAGCGUCGCGGGCGCGCGCCUCGACCGCCAUGCGGCGCCGUUCGCGCUGUUCGUCCCUGACGUGCAUCCUGCUGCGCCGAUCUGCGCCGUCGACGGCGCACCCGCCAAGGACGGCCCGUUGGCCGCGCAUGCCGUCGUUGUGCGUCUCGAGAAUGCGCGCUGCGGCCUCGAGCAGCUGGCGCGUGUAUGCCCGCUCGCAGGGAUGGACCCCUUCGCGACGGAGCGCUGGCGCCCGACGUACACGUUCGUGCUGGAGCGCGAGCCUCGCGACGGCCUGCAUGUGCCGCGCGCCUGGGCCGACACGCACGCGGCGCUGGUCGAGGCGGCCGCGUCGCCGCUGGUGGUGGUCGUGCGCGGCGCGAAAAAUACCGGCAAGUCGACGUUUACGCAGCUGGGUCUGCAUGCUCUGCUCACGACCGCGGGGCGCGGCCAGGUCGCGUUCCUGGAGCUCGAUCCCGGGCAGCCCGCGCUGGGCCCGCCUGGCCUGCUUGCGCUGCAUGUGCUUGAUGCGGCGCACGAGAGCGGCGUCUGGGCGCCCAGCUGGUGCACGGCGCGCACGCCCGUGCGAGCGCAUGUGCUCGGCGACGUCACACCGCGCGACGAUCCCGCCCGGUACGCGGCUGCCGCGCGCGAUCUCAUCGAGUACUUCCGCGCGGAGCUACAGUAUGGCGCGAUCGGCGCGGACGGGCGCCCGGCGAUGCGGCGCGCGGCGGCGCCCAUGCCGCUCGUCGUCAACACACACGGCUGGGUCAAGGGCCUGGGCCUCGACCUGCUCCUGCAUGUGUGUGCGGCGCUUGCGCCGACGCAUGUGGUCGAUCUGGGCGCGCCGCUGCCGGCGUCGUCCUCGUGCGUGCUGCCGGCGCUGGGCGACGCGGACGUGCCGGCCAGUGCGGCGCGGCGCCUCAAUGCCGCCGAGGCGCGCGUGCUCAGUAUGCUGGCCUACCUACAUAUGACGCAGCUGCCCCAGCCCGGCACGGGUCUGCGCGCGGCGUGGGACUUUGCGCGCCCGCUCGUGGCGCGCGUGCCGUUUGUGGUGGAUGUGUCGACGGGCCUGGCGGCCGGCUGCGCCGUGCUGGACACGCACGCCGCCGUGGACGAGGCGCUCCAGCUGCUCGCGCUGAAUGGGCGCAUCGCCGCGCUGGUCCUGGGGCCCGCGCGCGAGGCGGCCGCGACGGAUGUGUGGCGCGCCGCCUUUGAGCGUGGCGCCGCGCUCGUCCAUGCGCCUGCCGGACGCAGGCGCGAGCCGGUCCUCAGCCCGGCGCUUGGCCUCGCGCUCGUGCGCUCGAUCGACCGUGCACAGGGCACGGUGCAUCUGCUGACGCCGCUCUCGGGGCCGUACUUGCAGGCGGCCGUCGAGGCAGGCGACGCGCUGGGGCUCGUGCAGGGCGCCCUCGAUCUGCCGUUCUGGGGCGCCCUCGAUGCCGAAGCGUAUGCGGACGUGGUGCACAUGCGGCGUGCGCCGGCGGCCGAGCUGGCGGGUGUGCCGCGCGAGGCGGUGCCGUACCUCGCGUGGCCGCGCGAGCUGCUGGGAGAUGCAACGCCGCCCCGCGCGCAUGCGACGCCAACAAGCGCGGCACGCAGCCCCGCUGAGCCGGUCGGGGCGCGGCCCCGCAAGGUGCGGCGCAACCUGAUGCGGCGGGGGCAGCAGGCUACGUAG